AUGGAGGAUUCUGAGCGACGAACAAAGCGAUCUCGUUUCGACCAGACGGAGCCUGAGCCCAGACGAGCCUCUAGAUUUGACAGGCGCUCUCGAUCUCCGCCCACGCGCCGCCACGAAGGCAGAGACCGCAGUCCGCUGCCCAAGGAUGAUUCUUCCGAGACAAAGAAGCCCGCAGUAGAUGCUGCUGCGGCCGCUGCUGCCGCCGCUGCCAAGAUCAAUGCUCAGCUGCAGGCGCGAAAGGCUCCCCAGCAUGUGGAUGUCCCCCCGAUCAGGUCUUCGGGCGCGCAGUCCGACAAGCCAGGCGACAAUGAGAUGAAGCCCGAUAUGUAUGUUGCCGACGGCGACUUCAUUCAAGACAUCGAAGUCAACGACCUGCGAAAUCGAUACCUGUUGACUAAGGGCUCUACUCAAGAAAUGAUUCGAAGCGAGACUGGCGCUGAUGUCACCACCCGUGGUAGCUAUUACCCAAACAAGAGCAUGGCAACUGCAACGAAUCCUCCUUUAUAUCUUCACAUCACCAGCACUUCCAAGGCUGGUCUCGAAUCCGCUGUGGAAAAAAUCAACGAUCUCAUCAAGCAGGAGCUUCCCCAGCUAGUCGAUGAACGAAGAUUCCGACGCAGAGACCAGGAGGAGCGGCCGCAAGUUGAACGAGAUGAAUUUGGACGACGCAAAUGGCCCGAUGAGAAGAUUCCUAUUACUCUUGAGCCAAUUCCAGGAUUCAACCUACGUGCUCAAGUAGUUGGCCAUGGCGGUGCCUACGUAAAACACAUUCAACAAGAGACCGGCUGUCGAGUUCAAAUCAAGGGCCGAGGCUCAGGCUAUUUGGAGGCUGCCACAAACUGUGAAAGCGACGAGGACAUGUUCCUUCAUGUCACAGGACCUGAUCCCAAUAUGGUCACCAAAGCCAAGGAGCUCUGCGAAGACUUGAUUGCCAACGUCAAGGAGCAGUACGAGGAAUUCAAAGCUCGGCCGCCUCGUUAUAACAAUGAUCGUGGCGGUUAUGGCGACCACCAUCACCACAGGGGCUCCCACGACCGAUCGCAUGGCGGAUCUCACCACAAUUCGUACAAUUCGUAUAACAGAUACAACUCCGAUUCUGGUGCCUCCAACAGCCCCGCUCCAGCAGCCAGCAACCAGCAGAGCGCAAACGACUAUGCUGCUCAAUAUGCUCAAUACUAUAAUGGCGCCGAUCCCUACGCCGCAUAUGGAGGAUACGCUAACUAUGUCGCCUUGUAUCAACAGUACUAUGGAGGUCAGAGCUCACAAGCAGCAGCCCCAGGCCAAUCCGCCUCUCCUCCGCCGCCUCCGCCUCCUGCCGAAGCAGCUCCUCCUCCACCACCUCCUCCAAGCUCUGCACCACCGCCUCCGCCACCAUCCGGACCACCGCCUCCUGGUGGAAGCUUUAGUGCUGGAAAAAUGUCCCACCAGGCAUACCCCUCUCACGAUCCCGUCAAGGAGCCGCAUUCGGUGUCCGUCAAAGUCCUCAGGCUCUCUCAACCGUCUCUCGUAACGCAGUACCCAGUAGAUCCUCCAUUCUCUCCUCCCAACACCAAAUCACAGCCAGCACCCGCCUCGCUCGCUUACAAAUCCGCCUCGAAUACGAAUCCCGACCCGUUCCUGCUGAGCCCGAUCCUCAACCUGCCGGUGUCGUUCGGCUCGGCUUACGUGGGCGAGACGUUCAGCUGCACCCUCUGCGCGAACAAUGAUUUGCCCCCCGAUGCGGCGAAGCGCAUACGAGAUGUCCGUAUCGAGGCUGAGAUGAAGACGCCUGGCGUGGGAGGAACGCAGAAGCUCGAACUCGGGCCUGCGAAUAUCCACGGCGCGACGCCUGCGGGAGGGGUGGAUCUUGAGCCGGGUGGGACGCUGCAGAGGAUUGUAGGCUUUGACUUGAAAGAGGAAGGGAACCACGUCUUGGCUGUGACGGUGAGCUACUCUGAGGCUACGGAGACGAGUGGGCGGACGCGGACUUUUAGGAAGCUAUAUCAAUUUAUCUGCAAGGCGUCGCUUAUUGUGAGGACAAAGGUAAGUGCCCUGGAGGCCAGUGCAAACAACAGCAACUACAGAAAAUGGGUGCUCGAGGCGCAGUUGGAGAAUUGCAGUGAGGACAUCAUACAGCUGGAAAAGGUGGUACUGGAUGUGGAGGAGGGCCUGGGCUAUCAGGACUGCAACUGGCUCUCGGAGGGAGAUAAAAAGCCGGUGGUGCACCCGGGCGAGAUUGAGCAGGUUUGCUUCCUGGUGCAUGAGGAGGGUACAGAUGCCGGCGGUGGCCUACGACUCACAUCGGACGGAAGAUUGAUCUUUGGCGUCCUGGGCAUUGGAUGGAGGGGAGAGAUGGGUUGCCGAGGAUUUCUAUCGACGGGCAAGCUUGGUGCUCGGGUCGCAGCUCGGUGA